AUGACAAGAAGAAGCUGGAAUUGGAAAGAAGGAUCUUCUUUGAUCGGCAAACUAGGCUUCGCAUCAUUAGUGGUUCCACUGGGUCGCCUCUUCACGCGAAAUUUGCAACGAGCCGGCCGACUUCUCUCCGAAGACCAGCCAUCGACCAGACGACUAAUGCCAGUGUCUGCCCUGAUGGAUUGCCAGUGGUGGCUAGAAAACUUGGAGAAACCCGGACGAAUAUUUCAAGAAGAACCCUCAAUUUUUCUUUCUACAGACGCGUCAGAUCUGGGUUGGGGCAUUCAAAUCAACGGAAAAACUCUAGAAGGCUUAUGGACUCCAGCUCAGAAGCUAUGGCACGUCAAUCGCAAGGAACUUCACACCGUCCUAAUAGCAUUGGAGUGUUGUCAAACAACCAUUGCCACGAAAACGGUAAUGUUACAAGCAGACAAUCGAACGGUGAUAUCCUAUCUGAGGAAUCAAGGAGGGACGAAAUCGCUGACGUUGUUAGAUCUAACGAAAAAGAGAUUAAUGCUUGCUCAAGAGUUGAGAGUGACGUUAGUUCCGUUUUACAUCCCGGGUCGCUACAAUGUCAUAGCGGAUUGCCUGUCGAGGAACAAGAGUUUGCCAGAUUGGCAUCUCAGUCAAACUGUGACAACUCGGGUGUUUAUGAAAUGGGGCAUCCCACAAAUAGAUCUAUUUGCGACAUACCAGUCGAAAGUGGUACCGGUUUAUGCAACGAUGGAUGCAAGGGACGAUCAGGCGUUAUUUGUGAAUGCUUUCAGCAGGAUAUGGGACUACGAGCUGGCCUGGGUGUUCCCGCCUCCUCCUCUGGUACCAAGAGUGCUGCAGCACUUGAACAGGGCAUCGGGGAUUUAUUUGCUUGUCGUUCCUCGGUGGGAGCAUGUAUUCUGGAGGGCAGAUGUGAGGAGCCGAGCAUUGGCGCCACCUUUUCGAAUAUGGAAUCUGGACCAACAUCUCACGGAUCUUUCGACAAACAGGACUCCACCGGAUGUAAACAAUCUUCAUUUGGAGGUUUGGAAGAUACGGGGUGGAGUAAAUUGA